AGUGGGCACACGACUAUUGGGAAAUAGGUAAAUGCUACCUCCCUCCGGACGGAUAUAGCAGCAUUUCCUCGGUCCAGGAAUCGGACUUUAAUGGUGUGAUAAGCAUCAUGUUGAAUUGCCUACAUUUCCAGACAUGUCUCUCCUCCUUAUGUUUAUCACCUCCACCGCCUGAUAAGCAAUGUCCACUAGAAAAGGUCCGUCAGAUUGGCCGAGAUGUGCGACACACAUCCGACUGCAAGGUUAAAGAUGCUGACUUGCAGGACUAUUUCAAGACACUGUCCACGCUCCUUGCUGACCCACAAUACUUACAACAUGAUCCUUCAGCCAUCAUAGCAUGUACAAGACUUAGUGAUUUGCAGAAUGAUCGUAUGUCCUUUGAAGAACUGGGCAAGCUGUUGAAAGAGGUCAAUCAAACGCUCGAAGAAGCAAAAAAGACCGGCGAACGUUUUUCUGAGAUGGCGGAAAAGACCUUGUCAAAACAUCUGCAGAAAUUGGAUGCUACUAAUCAGUUGGGGCUGAUACGCCUUAAAAAGAAGACAACAGUUGGGGAACAACGCCUUCAUAGCAAGACGAAAGUUGGGGAACAUCGCCUUGAAAGAAAGACACAAUUUGGGGCACAGAUAAUUUAUAGCAGGACUCGGAAUGGGGAACAACGCAUCGAAAAAAAGACAAACGAUGGGAAACAUCGCCUUGAAAGAAAGACACAAUUUGGGGCACAGAUAAUUUAUAGCAGGACUCGGAAUGGGGAACAACGCAUCGAACAAAAGACAAACGAUGCGGAUCAAUGUAUUGAUAGCAUGGUACAUGAUGGAACACAACGCAUCGAAAUCAGUGUACAGCAUGGCAUUGAGCGCAUGCAACAGGCAGCAAACAAAACUGCACAAGGAAACUACGAACGAGACGUAGCAGAUUUUCGCCGUCGUUUAGUGGAACAUUACAAUGACACUUCGAGCAAUGUGGCUCUCUCAGUAUUGGAUCAGAGUCUUGAUAAACGUAUAACCGAUAUAUAUGCAACGCCGAAAAUGCACCUUUUUGAUAUAGCAAGUGAUGGGAAACGUGUUAAAAAGGAGCAAGUACUGACAUACAAGGAACUCUUUUACACAGACGACACAAAGUCAAAUCGACGUGUAUACGUACAAGGCGAGCCCGGCAGCGGCAAGUCAACCUUUGCAGCCAAGUUAGUUCAUGAUUGGUGCGACGAAAAUCGGCCUUCAACGGCAGCUCCCAACAAAAAUGCAUCGUUUGGUGACGUGUUAAUCAUUCAAAAUUUCCAGUUCAUUUUUUUCCUCUCGUUGGGAGAAUCAAGAGGUCAGACCGAAGUAACGCAUAUGAUAAAGAAACAAAUCAUAGACACAAUAUAUUCUGAUGAAAAACGUCAGGUCAUGUACACUCUUUUACUCAAAAUAAUAGAGACGGAAAUAUGCCUUGUAAUACGUGACGGUCUAGAUGAAUGGGUGGCUCCUGACGGUAGUAACCUUGCUGAACCUUCUAUUGCGGGAUUUCCAAAGGACAAGUGCGCGGUUCUUACAACUUCUCGACCAUGGAAACUUGCUGAUGAGCGUAUCAAGAAUUCACGGAUCGACAUCCUCGUAGAGAUCGAGGGUAUUAGCGAUUCAUAUACAUUUAGUGAAAGAGUACUGCGGUGCAUACUUGACAAGAGCAAGGAUCUUAAGACAACCGCGAGGGAAAUUUGGAGCUUCAUAAUGGAGCGUCGGCUGACCUGGUUAUCAAAUUUACCGAUGUUGUACACACUUGUUAUUUGCACGUGGGUGGGCACUAUGGAGGAGGAGGAACAUUUGAACGGAUCUUCAUUGUGUGCAUUGUAUACUACUUUUCUUGAAAGCCUGUGUAAGAAGGCGAACGAUACAACUGGCUUUUUUAACGAUUUAAACCCUCCUCAUGUGAAGUGUUUUUCAAGAACAAGUUACCUUCGGCCUAUCAUUCAAAACGUAGAUGUCAUUUCAAAAGCUGCUUUUCAUCUUUUGUAUUCUCCUGAAAAGGAAAAGUCUAUUGUAUUCAACGAUCAGGAAUUGUCAAACUAUCUUACACCAUCUGAACAAGAGUUUGCUCUCAAAGCGGGACUGAUAUCAAAACGGAAAACCAAAAGUGCUUUAAAUUCGUCUAUCUCAUUUAUCCACAAAAGCAUGCAGGAAUUCCUGGCUGCUUAUCAUAUUGCCCACAAUGCACAUUUGAUUGAUGACGUCAUUAUCGGAUAUCUUGGACGUCAUUCGGAUGCAUAUCUCGACAUAUCCCAGGUGUUCAUAUUCCUAUGUGGACUGAACAUAUCGGCUGCCAAUACGCUAUCUGGCAUUAUAAAUGAACAUCAUAGUAAAAUAAUGGACGCACGUGGUUUAACAUACAGUUCAAUGAAACACGUUGCUUUUCAAAGCAUCAUAGAGGCAGGAUACAGAGAAGCUGUUUCAAAUGACCAAACUGACAUUCUCCUCAGACUCAGUCACUUUUAUAUCGUUGGGAACAACUUAAUGGUCAUGAACAACGUAUGGAGAGAAAACAAGUCCAAUGCCCUGGCUUUGGAAAUAGAGGUACACGACGAAACGGAUCGUGCCAUACGUAGUUCAUCUACACAUGGCGAGCCAACAUCGCAGGUUGAAUUUGACCUGUCAUCGUGCCUCAAUCUGAAAUAUUUGAAACUUUGGGGAAGCGGCAUACACAUGCAAGAUUCGUCGAGUUCGGUCUCAUCGACACUUCCGGUGUGUAUUGUACUAAAUAGUGCAAAUCAAGCCCAGUGUGCAGAUCCUCAACCAGUUCUGCCUUGCAUAAAACACAUUGAAUUUUACAAUACAUGUUCGUCUACCUGGCUACGCAGUCUGCUCAGCACAUUGCUUACACUCGAUCAUUACGUGAAGUUUAUUCUGAUUGCAUGUUACAUAACAUCUUGUAAAGAAGAUCCAGUUAGAUGGGAAGAUACAGAGACAGACGCAACAUUAUUGAGUUUUAAGGAUACAUUGACACUCAUGAACGCUUUUGGAAGUGUCAGUCGCGGUCUGUGGGAGGCUCUCCAUGGUCUGAAUAUCAAGAGCCUGAGUCUUAGUGUUGGGUAUGGACUUUUUAAUGAAACAUAUGCAGACUCGAUGUCACAAUUACUUUCAUCGCUCACUCAACUGGACAAGCUUAGUAUUGUAUUGAAUAAUGACAGUCCCGGUCUGUGGGAGGCUCUCCAUGGUCUGAAUAUCAAGAGGCUGAGUGUUUGGUAUGGAGGCUUUAAGGUAAAAUAUCCAGACUCUAUGUCCCAGUCACUUUCAUCACUUACUCAUCUGGACACGCUUAGUAUUAAAUCAUGUGAUGACAUUCCCGGUCUGUGGGAGGCUCUCCGUGGUCUGAAUAUCAAGAGCCUGAGUCUGAGUGGUCGAUUUGGAGGUUUUAAGGUAAAUUCUGUAGACUCUAUGUCCCAGUCACUUUCAUCGCUCACUCAUCUGGACAAGCUUAGCAUUAAAGUGUAUGAUCACAUUGAUUACAUUCCCGGUCUGUGGGAGGCUCUCCAUGGUCUGAAUAUCAAGAGCCUGAGUCUUAGUUUUAGGAAUAUAGGUUUAAAGGUAAAAUAUGCAGACUCUAUGUCCCAGUCACUUUCAUCACUCACUCAUCUGGACACGCUUAGUAUUAAUGCGGCUGAUUACAUUCCCGGUCUGUGGGAGGCUCUCCAUGGUCUGAAUAUCAAGAGCCUGAGUCUGAGUGGUCGAUAUGGAGGUUUUGAUGUAAAAUCUGCAGACUCUAUGUCCCAGUCACUUUUAUCGCUCACUUAUCUUGACACGCUUAGUAUUUGCACAUAUGUUGACAGUCCCGGUCUGUUGGAGGCUCUCCAUGGUCUGAAUAUCAAGAGUCUGAGUCUGAGUGCUAUUGAGCAUGCAGAGUCGAUAGCACGGUCACUAUCAUCGCUUAAACAGCUUGAAACGCUUUCUGUAUUUUGGACAUAUAUCGACAUAAAGCUACCUCAGUCAUUGAAGCAUUUAAAUAGCUACUGUAUGGUAUUGCUUCCAUCCGAAUUACGCGAUCUUGUGGACGCACUGUCUGCAUGUACUCAGACAAUCGAGAGUAACCUAGACUUUUGUUGUGCGUCUUUGGACGAUUCCACUUUUAAACGAAUUCCACCUGAGGAAUACAUUGUCGUCAAAAAAGAACUAGAGAUGAGGAAAAAUGUUGAAGUGAAGCGAUUCCAAAUAUUAGACCGGACAAUUCAAACCGAUGUGUAUGUUGAUGAUGAUGAUGCCGCGUCUGACUGGUCUGUACGUGACAUUGGUGGUGUCCAUGACGGUACUAAAUAUGAUGAUAACGUUAAAGAUGUUUCAUAUAAAGAAUUCGAUUGCAGAAUGAGUCGUGAAAUCAUUACUAGAAUAUCAAUGCGACUUCUGAUUACUCCAUCCUCAAACUCAUGAAUUGUCAAUAACUGCGACUGCGACACCUGAUAAUGAGUACAAUUGUAUUUACUAUAAUGUCUCGAUCUCUCUUGGAUAUCAUACAUUGACAGUAGGCAUCGUCAAGCAUUAAUUUAACCAGUACAAAUAAUCUUAACAUUUUGUGACGUUUUAUUGGUGUGUAAACGUUAAUGGAAAAUGCUUGAUGAAAUACAUGCCUUUUUUGUAAGUCUUUGAAGUAUACAAAAACCAUGAAUUCUAACACGCCACGCAGUUUCAUUUCAUAGCCAAUACAGGAUAUCAUGUACUGGUUUUGCUGCAUUAUUUAUGUGCGAAGUAAAUUAUAUGUGUGCGUUGUUUCUAGUUCGCGUUGAAGCACAUAUAUAUGUUCAUCUUGUGCACAUAUUACAGAACUGCUUUUAAAAAAAAGUUGCUAUACCCAUGACUAUUGCAGAAUAUCAAAUACAUUUGAUCCCUUAUUAGCUAUAGAAUUCAAACUGCUUGUCGUCUUAGAAUAAAUCAUAUAAUAAUAUGUGUUAAGUUGCUUCUUACAGACGGUUCGUGUCAUGUUGAUUUUAAGGUUUGUAAUUACAGAUAACAGUAACCAGAUUAUUUUGCAAAUAUAUAUUAAUCUUUUAUAUGCAAACAGAAAAAGUUGCAUACCUUUAGUUUUCAUUUAGUUCCAGAUUAUUAUCAGGUACUCAAAUAUGUCCAUAAUAUUAUAUAAUUCUAUAUGGUAUUCUUGACAAGAAUGCCUAUCUGUAGUUUUGUUACGCAUAUCCUAUCUUUAUAAACACUUGUUUUGGCUGUGACUCUGAGCCAAAUAUCAGGUUUGGACUUAUUACAACCUGGAUUGCAUAAUAAGGUUUUGACUUCUUACAACCGGGUUUGGACUCCUUAUCACCUGGUUUGCAUUAUAAGGUUUGCACUCAUAACAACCAGGGGACUCUUUCAAUAAACAUCGUAGUACACAUGUACGAUACGGUACAUUUUUUGAAGAUACAUAAUUGCUAAAGUCCAUAUCAUAUGUUAAUUCAUUUUCAGUACUUAAUCAAUUACAUUGGCAUCUCCAGCGCCGUAUAUAUUUGACGAGCAUGGCGAGCUAGUUCGUCUACUUAUUAAGAUUACAAAAUUUUCUCGUAUGCUACAAUUGUCGUACGAUCAUUUAUGAAACUGCCCCACGGUUUGCAUUAUAAGUUUUAUACUCCUCACAACAGGGUGUGCAUUCAGCCUUCAGAACCGGUGACCCCAAAUCUAUUAAUGUGUGUUUUUGUUUUGUUUCUGUGCAUUUUGUCUAUCACAUUCGUACACUUGUGUUUCGCUUAUAAAUUUGAAAUAAAGCAGCUAUUUAGUUUUAACUGAAAAACUUAAUUGUGAUGUGGUUUUUAUGCUGUGUGGAGAAGUCGGAGUACACGUAGGAAAUUCAAACUGUCACCUUAUUCCAGUUACCCAUAUCGCAUUCGUUAUUGGUGACUUCCGACACAUGCAAAUUUCUGUUUAUAUAUGUAAACGAUGAUUUGUUUAUAUUAUUUUUUUUGAUAUAGAUGCUAUCAUUAUUAUCUGUGUUUGUAUAUAACACUUGUUAAAAGAUGUUUACCAUAUAUAAACUACAAUAUAAAGAUUAACGUUGGCUAAAGUGCAUACGAUAAAAACGCAUUCAAUAUAGAUAAAGAUUGAACACCCAUAUAUGUAAAAAAAAACGUUAACAUGUUGUCAUACAUUGUAGGAAAC